CUAACCUCACAGCUGGGGAUGGGAAGAGCAGUGGGAGUGGGAGUCUGCAUCAUGGCUGGGUAGGGUCCUAGUUCUUUUUAGACACUUGAGUAAUUUAACCAUGAAUAACUGGGCACUGGGAACAGGACACUCACUAAUAAAAGCAUAGCCUGGAGUCAUGUUGGGGGGGGGUACAAUUCAAGUCACUCAGUGGGUGGAUGUAUCUGCAAAACAAAAGAAAAGCCCCUUUCCCAGCCCAGGCAGAGAAAUCUCCUGUAAAGUUAGAGACAACAGGCUUCUGGGCACGUAGCCAAGGUUCUGGGGAUAUUUAUAACUUGAAGAGGGUGGGAGUCCCUAAUAAGCUGCUAUAUUCUUUUUCCAUCACUUCCCUCUCCAAGGCUACAGCGAGCUCAGAGCUCUUCCCCACGCAGAAUGCCUGCUUUCCCCAAUGUUCGGCUUCCAUUGUCUAAUUUUCUCAUCCUGGCUGGGGAAAGGAAAGGCUGCAAGUCCUUCCGUUCGGAAGAACUCCAGUUGAAUGUAGCUUAGCCGCUGCUGGUGUUUCUUGGCUAGCUGCUGUGCUCUCGGGGAUCUGCCUAUGAGUGUGUGGUUUCCCUAAGCUGCUUGAGAGUCUGUGAGUCUUUGGGAUCCGCCUACGAUCUCUGGGCUUUGCCUGCAAGUCUACGGGUUUGAGAUCUACCUGCGGGUCUGAGAUAUCCGGGAUCUGCCAGUGAUUUCUAGAAUCCUUCCAAACACUCGAAGUCUCAGAGAACUCUGCGGAUUUGGAAUCUGUUUGAGGCCUCUCACAUCUUGGAGUCGGCGAUCUAGUGGAUCUUCUGCGGGGCAGGCGCGCUGUCUGCUAGCUGCUUUUCCUGCUCUCUCUUCUGGGAGGCGAAUCCUUGAGCCCGAGAUGGCAGCCACCCUGCUCAUGGCUGGGUCCCAGGCACCUGUGACAUUUGAAGAUAUGGCCAUGUACCUCACUCGGGAAGAAUGGAGACCUCUGGAUCCUACACAGAGGGACCUUUACAGGGAUGUCAUGCAGGAGAAUUACGGAAACGUUGUCUCACUAGAUUUUGAGAUCAGGAGUGAGAAUGAAGUGAAUCCAAAGCAAGAGAUUAGUGAAGAUGUGGAAUUUGGCACUGCAUCUGAAAGACCUGUGGGGAACGCUGAGGAAAAUCCUGAAAAUGAAGAAGCCUUUGAAAGCAGGGAGAGACCCGAAAGACAGUGGGGAGAUUUAACAGCAGAAGAGUGGGUAAGCUAUCCUCUUCAACAAGUCACUGACCUGCUCGUUCACAAAGAAGUCCACACGGGCAUCCGGUAUCAUAUAUGUUCUCAUUGUGGAAAGGCCUUCAGUCAGAUCUCAGACCUUAAUCGACAUCAGAAAACCCACACUGGAGACAGACCCUAUAAGUGCUACGAAUGUGGAAAGGGCUUCAGUCGGAGCUCACACCUUAUUCAGCAUCAAAGAACACACACCGGGGAAAGGCCUUAUGACUGUAAUGAGUGUGGGAAAAGUUUUGGAAGAAGCUCUCACCUCAUUCAGCACCAGACAAUCCACACUGGAGAAAAACCCCACAAAUGUAACGAGUGUGGGAAAAGUUUCUGCCGGCUGUCUCACCUCAUCCAGCACCAAAGGACCCAUAGUGGGGAAAAGCCCUAUGAGUGUGAGGAGUGUGGGAAAAGCUUCAGCCGGAGCUCUCACCUAGCUCAGCACCAGAGGACCCACACAGGUGAGAAGCCUUACGAGUGUAAUGAAUGUGGGCGAGGCUUCAGUGAGAGAUCUGAUCUCAUCAAACACUAUCGGGUGCACACGGGGGAGAGGCCCUACAAGUGUGAUGAGUGUGGGAAGAAUUUCAGUCAGAACUCCGACCUGGUGCGCCAUCGCAGAGCCCACACGGGAGAAAAGCCGUACCACUGUAACGAAUGCGGGGAGAAUUUCAGCCGCAUCUCGCACUUGGUUCAGCACCAGAGAACGCACACAGGGGAAAAGCCGUACGAAUGUAACGCUUGUGGGAAAAGCUUCAGCCGGAGCUCUCAUCUCAUCACACACCAGAAAAUUCACACCGGAGAGAAGCCCUACGAGUGCAAUGAGUGUUGGCGAAGCUUCGGAGAAAGGUCAGAUCUCAUUAAACACCAGAGAACCCACACCGGAGAGAAGCCCUAUGAGUGUGUACAGUGUGGAAAAGGUUUCACCCAGAGCUCCAACCUCAUCACCCAUCAAAGAGUUCACACGGGAGAGAAGCCUUACGAAUGUACUGAGUGCGAGAAGAGUUUCAGCCGGAGCUCGGCACUUAUUAAACAUAAGAGGGUACAUACGGACUAAGUCCUGUAAUUAUAAGAAAUGAUUCACUUGAAGGUACAAUUUGAUUUGAUAGCAAAGAGCUCUCUCAAGACGGAGCUGCUUUUACCGUAGUGAAGUUCCUUGCCGGCCAUCGUUUGAAACAUCAAAGAAGAUAAGCCAUUUGAAAUUCUGACCCACAACUUUGGGAACGUUCCCCCCUUCUCCCAAGGAGUGAUUUUUUUUUUUAUUCACUGAAUAUUAAUGAAGUACUUCAUCAGAAUCCGCUCCACAAGUAACUGGGAAUCUGAAGACCAGGGGAUGCAUGCUGGUAAAUCCUCAGGAUUGGAAAUGGAGUAAAUCUUUAAAAGUUAUCUCUCUCAUCCGUGGCCCAAAGAACUAUGCUAGGGGAAAUGUUGGACUGUAAUAGGGUGGUCACAGCUGCUUCGGAAAAAGACAACCAGAGACUGCCUGAAUUGCCACACCUGUUCACUCUCCAUAAUUGUUGGGCACGCACAUCUUCCCCUUUGAAAGGCGUUUUCCUUGAGUUGCGUAUGCAUUUGUAUCUUUCCAUCUUCCUGAGAGCAGGAUUCUGCACGAUGAAGGCAAUGAUCAUACCUGUUUCCCUCAUUGUUCCUAAUUACCUUUAUUCAAGCUUGCAUCUUUGCAAAAGCUAACUACAGAUGCAGAUUAAAAGGAAACAUGAGACACAGGUUUGGGGACCAAGGACUCAUCAAUGGUGGUGACUUUAGCAAGAGCUGGUUACUGUUGUUAUUGCCACUAAUCAAAAUGUAUUCCUUUUCUUUGGGGGAUCACUGUAGGGGACAAUGUAGGGAGGGUAUCUUCAAGGAAAGAUAGGACCAUACUGGUGGUGGAGUAUAAGGAGCAAGUGGAAUUGGCCACUCCCGGGAAGGAAACACAGAGUUCCUCCCCGAGGACCACCACCAUUCCUUUCUGUGUUCUUCCCCUUCUGCCUUGAGAGAUCAAUUCUACUGCUAACUCUAGGAUUUGAUAAGGGCCACAUCCCAGUGUUUCUCUUGGCUUGCAUAAGGGCAUGUGUAUGUACAGUAAAACGUGUAUUCCUGUAAUUUUUCCAGUAGCGGAAACUGAAUUCACACAGAAUUAGCAUGUUCCUGGGUGGUGUUGAUCAUGUGACAGAACUACAGACAACUCCAGUGUGAGAAAUGUCCUUUCAUUUUCUUUUUUUUUUUUUAUAAAGGAAAAAUGUUAAACACUAGUGCUCUAGUGUGCACGCUCCUUUAAGAUCUGUCUUUGUACAGAACUAAGCACUUGUUUAUGUGUAUCAGUCAAUUGUGGGAGAUAAUAACUGGACAGAUAGGUUGAGUGUCCUGUUCUCAGACUGAAUACUCUUCUCUUUGGCCUACUCACAAGGAAUGAAUAAACCCAGAUAGGAAUGUGUUUCUAUCCUGUCAGUCUACAGAUACAUGUGGUUAAGAUGAAAGUUGACCCAAAUUAAACCUGUUAGCGUCAGUUCUCCUAAUCUCAGCCCACAUAGGAGUUAAGAAAUACCCCAGGCAUUGGUGCUUAUCCAGGCAUUUGGGGGUGGAAGUGUGAGGGGGAGUGGACUAAGGAAUAGAUCUUUUUCGAGAGUGCCCCAAGCUAUUUCUACUGUGCUUUAUUGUGAAUGCUGUAACAUUUGAAAAAUAUUUCGCCAUAGCUCUUUGGGACUUGGUGUGUUAAAGGAGCCAGUGGUCUCUCUCGGGUAGUAUACUACGUCGAGUCAUUAGGAGCCACAACUGUGUGGGACUGCAUCCUUUGCAGGGACACAACCUUGAAAGGAACAAAAUGAAACACCACUCCAUCAAGGAGGUUUCUUCAUGUUGCCACUCCUGUUUAAAUACAAACUCAACUCGGGCAGGGAGCAUGUUUUGUGUCCUGUACAAAAUCUAGCCGAUCGUGGGUACCCAUAUUUUAAUUGUUGAAUGACUCACAUGUUCUUGAUGACUGAACUCGAAUAUGUCCUUUCCUGUAUCAGUGUUGCUAAUGGUUUUAACAAAUAUCAGAGUUCUCCUGUUGUUUCUGUGAGGCACUCUGGGCAUCAGCUUUGGAGUGGCCACAGAAGACAGCAUCCUCAUGACCCAAGGGUAUUUCACUCCCUCUUUCUUCCCUACUCUCCUGCCCCAUCCCAACCUGUUCCUGCUGCUGCUUUUGGCUUCUUAGAGGUGAGUGGCUCAAGAAGAGGCUUCUUGGUGGCCCAGCCGUCUCUCCAUACAUGUACACUCCAGCUGGGAAGUUCAAAGGGCAAGGGCCAGACCAGCUGUCUCCUGUCUUUCUGCCAACCGCUGCCCAUUUGCCGUGUUGAACUUUUGUGUAGAGCUUCUGCAUCAGACUCUCUUUGCUAAUGCUUUCUGCAUGUUUCUUGCUCCCAAGUCUCUGGCCGCUUCUGCACAUACCCUGAACACUUUGUGCCUGUUUUCUAUGGUUGUGGAGAGUGAGUGAACAAGUAAGUAUGUAGAGCAGUUUUUCGUAGGGUAUUGGUCGCAGUUAUGCUAGUGUCUAUCUACAUCUGUAUUCUAACAAUAUUCUAUAAUUAAAAGUAUACUUUUUAAAAAUCAAAAA